CGCGCAAGAGCAUCCAUUCUGCCUCCCAUACGCGCCCCGAAGAGACCGAAGAAGAAGAGAUGCUGGAGACGCCAAGAGAGAGUUUGGUGCAACUUUGAUGAGGACGAGAGGGAGCAGGGAGCGGUAUCACACACUGGGAACGUCCUUAUUUAAACCGGUACCGAGCUGCCGACACCGUCACCACAUCUCCGCGUCUCCAUCAUUGUCGGAGGAGAGAACGGACCUGGGCUUCUGCUGCAAAGGAACCCAGAAAUCGUGCCAGCAAAGGUUGUGUUUGUGUGACCCCUGAUCAGCCAUGAUCCUGAACGCCUCUGACGUAGGCUGGGAUGAGUCAUCGGGCACAGACCCCUUCUUCCCUCUGGACCAGAUGGACAGUCCACCUCCAUAUGAAGUCCCGCCCCUCACAGUGUGGGGCAUCGCCCUGUGUGUUUCGGGAACCCUCAUUGCCACUGAAAAUGCAGUAGUGGUCACCACCAUCUUGGCCACACCGUCUCUCCGCGCCCCUGUUUUCCUGCUGCUGGCUAGCCUCGGGUUGGCUGAUCUCCUGGCGGGCGUCGCUCUGGUGCUGCACUUCCUCUUCCUGUUCUGCGUGGAGCCCAGUGAUUGGUCAGAGUUGCUGACCUCUGGACUGCUGGUGACGUCGCUGACUGCCUCACUCUGUAGCCUGAUGGGUGUCGCUUUGGACCGAUACCUGUCUUUGAGCCACGCCCUCACCUACGGCUCAAGCCAAUCACGUCACAGAGCCGCCAUCCUCCUGCUGCUGGUCUGGUUGGGUGCAUGCAUCAUCGGGGCGGGGCCUGCGAUGGGAUGGCACUGUCUCGAUAAUCCAAACUCCUGUUCUGUAGCACGACCUCUGACCCGGACAUACCUAUCACUGCUGUGUGGUGGCUUCCUGGUGGUCGUAAUGGUGACCCUACAAUUGUACGUCGGGAUCUGCCGCGUGGCAAGGCGGCAUGCCCAUGCCAUCGCAACCCAGAGGCACUUUCUCCCUGCCAACCAAUCAUAUGCAAGCAAACAUGGCCGUGGGAAAGGCUUCUCUCGGCUGAUCCUGGUGCUCAGUGUGUUUGUGGGCUGCUGGAUGCCUUUCUCGCUUUGGGGGCUGCUGGGAGACGCGUCCAGCCCUCCUCUCUACACCUAUGCCACCUUGGUGCCGGCGGCAGGCAGCUCGCUGCUGAACCCGAUACUCUACAGUUUGAGAAACAAGGACAUUCGCAAAGUGCUGCUCCAGGCCUGCUGCCCCCACAGAUACACACAAAACACACACAUACACUACCCUGUUGAUGUGUAGACUGCCAAACUUCGCCAGACUCCAACCACCACACAAUCUAUGCCAGACAUAUCACUGUUUGUGUGCCAAGAUACACACAUAGCUGCAUUGACUAUCAUCCAAAUCCAGAACAUUGAGUGUCAAACAAAACCCCCCCACACACGCAUACACACACACACACAUACUCCCACACGUGCAAUCAGCACUUUCUCAGAGAGAAAAAGUCCUUCUGCGAACCAGAAUGUCCUGGACUGUCCUGGCUGGCAGCCAUUUUGGGAUUAAAGACUAUACAUACUGUCUUGUAUGUACUUUGUGCCUCAUUUUCAAUCAAUUGUAGAUCCACUGGAUCAGAAGACUGGCAAAAUCACAGGGAUGCUCUAAAUAUCCCCAGUCAUAAAAAAGUUGAUCUUGUAUGUGUUGGCACUUUAAGACGAGAGGGAGGGAAGGGUUUUACAUGUAAGCCUAUCACAGUGUAAUGACAUAUGUGAUCCAAAGCCCAAUUUUAUUUACUUGAAUGUCGAGAAAACACAGUGUUUAAGAUCUUUGAGAUUCUAUUUUGCACAUGCUGUUAUAAGCACUUUGAAAGGUACUGACCAUAUGUUCGUGUUGCACAACCUUUUUGAGAUGAAUUUUUUAUACCGAUGAAUAAUAAAUAUGCUUUUUUUCUA